GGUGUGAGGUGUGAGGUUUUGAAUGUAACCAUAAGGGUAACUUGAAGACACACAUGCGGAUACAUACAGGAGAGAAACUGUAUAAGUGUGAGGUGUGUGGUUAUGCAUUUAACCGAAAGGGUAGCUUGAAGACACACAUGGUAGUACAUAUAGGGGAAAAACUGUACAGGUGUGAGGUGUGCGGUUUUGAAUGUAACCAUAAGGGUAACUUGAAGACACACAUGUGUAUACAUACAGGAGAGAAACUGUAUACGUGUGAACUGUGUAGUUAUGCAUUUAACAAGAGUGGUAACUUGAAAACACACAUGAUGAUACAUACAGGUGAGAGAGAGUACCAGUGUGAGGUGUGUGGUUAUGCAUGUAACCAGAGAAGUAACUUGAACAAACACAUGAGGAUACAUACAGGUGAAAGACGGUACAAGUGUGAGGUGUGUGAUAAAGCAUUUAACCAGAAUCCUGACUUGAAGAGUCAUAUGGUGGUACAUACAGGAGAGAGGGAGUACAAGUGUGAGUUGUGUGGUAAUGCAUUUUCCCAGAAAGGUUCCUUGAAGAGACACAUGAAAUUACAUACAGGAGUGUGAGUACAAGUGUGAGGUGUGUGGUAAUGCGUGUGUUG